AUGAAUUAUAAAAUUUUUACACUAACUUUUACUACUACUUUUAUGGGACUAAUUUAAGUAGUUAGUGUAAAAGCAGGUGUAAAUGGAGAGGAAGUGACACUUUAUCAUGUUUUUAUGCUUAAUACUGUUAACACUUUGUUUGAAAUUUGUUUUCUUCACAGAUUCGUUUAUUUUGUACAAUAAAUUAUUAUUUAAUUCGGCUCCAACGAGAUUUGGGCCUUCCUUCAAACACACAAACUUAACUUUACAACUUUAUAACACACCAGUCAAAAAAUCACUAAACAACCUUCAUAACACAACUUUACAUAAUUCUACUGCUACUGUUAACACUGUUGAAAACCCGGUUAUCACGAGCACACCGUUAAUCAACAAAGUUGAUACUAAUAAUAAUAGUCUAUUGGAUGAUUCAUUAGAAUUAAACAAGACUGAGGGAUUAUAUACAGAUUCAGAGCAGUAUAAAUUAUUAUCAAAGUAUUUUAGUGUUGAGGAGAGUGUGACCGAGAAGGAAUACUUGCCUUUAAAGGAUCGUUUUAUUACUAAAGUUGAGGGUCCUGAGGUUUACUUUCCUGUUGAGUAUACUUUGGAGUGUAUUUCUGUAGUUCCUGAGCUUUUUCAAAGUAAUUUUCUACUGAGGGGUGAGGAUCAUUGGUCAGAACUAAUCCAAAUCCGCUCGCUUUUUAGGCGUAAAACUGAGAUUUUGAAUCAAAUUUCUAAGCUUACAGCCGAGAAAUCGGAUUCCUCAAAGACAUUUUUCAUCAAAAACUGUGUCAACUCACUUCUCAGAAGUGUAAUUAUUGGGGCCAGAAAUAAAAUUAGAGAGUUGAAAAGUGAGUUAAACACUGUGGAACAGGAACUGACGGCCUUAAGAUUAAAGCUUCCAAACCUUCUGCAUCCAGAAGUUACAGAUAAUAACACAGUUUUAAAACCUGCAAAAUACAGUAACAACGCUGUGUUAAAGAGUAAAUUAGACCACGUUGAUGUAAUUAACAGGUUAUGUCCAAGGUAUAUAGAACGUGCAGUAAGUAUUAGCGGUAAGGGGUUUUCAUCAUAUUGUACACCUUUAGCAACACUUUCCAGAGCAUUAGUUAAUUAUUUUCUGGAUACUCUGACCAGGUUGUUUGAUUAUACUGAGGUGGUUGUACCAUUAAUUGUGACGAAAUCAACUUUGGAAUUAACUGGUCAUUUGCCCUAUUUUGAGGAUAACUUGUAUAAACUUGAUGAUAGUAAUGUUUUUAAUGGUGAAACUGGUUAUUUAAUACCGACUUCAGAGGUUUCAUUAUUAGGUUUAUUCAAGGGCGGUAAAUUUAAGGCUAACAGUUUGCCCAAAUUUUUCACAGCGUAUAGUGAAUGUUUUAGGAAAGAAAUACAAGAUUACGGAGCUAACGCCAGAGGUUUAAUAAGGCAGCAUCAGUUCGGAAAAGUUGAACUACUUUGUUUUUGUCCACCAGAUUCCUCAGAAUACGCUCACUCACUGAUGCUCAGUCACAUUGAGUUUCUGCUAAAUCAGUUAGAACUUCCAUAUCAACAGGUACUUCUAAGUGCUAAGGAAACUGGCCAUACUUGUUCCAAAACUAUCGACUGCGAAGUCCCUCUACCCUCAAAAAACUUCUUUCUCGAACUCUCGAGCUGCUCAAACACUAAAGACUUUCAAACCAACCCACUCAACAUUACCACUGAUACUCUUAACAGAGUUCAUAGUGUAAAUGGAUCAGGAUUAGCAAUUGGAAGAACAAUAACGGCAUUGUUGGAGUAUAAUACCAUAAAAAGAGAAAACGGGUUAAUACAAGUCAAGAUACCAAAACCGUUACAACAAUAUCUUAAUAACAGUACAUUAAUAUUGGAAAAUCCAGUUGAAACUAUUUGA